GGCCCAUCUCUCAUUUUUCAUGUCACGUGUUUGUACUCUACUUCUCCCUCUACCCUAAUUCACCGCGCGCCACUUCUCCGUCGUCGUCGAGGGCCACUCGCUGUCUCAGUGAGUUCCCGAUGACGAAAUUGCUAAUUAUUGGUUCUUCUCUUCGCACUAUUCUAUCUCCCUGUCUCUGCUGAUCGGAAGCAGACAUUGAUUGAGUUUCUACGUCGUGAUUUCUCCGACCUAUGAGUAUCUCCUCCGUCGCUAAGCGGUUCUCGCCACCGAUCGUUUCCCUUUCAAUCCGACAUUCGUCUCAAUUACUCGGAGAAUCUCUCCCUCGUCGCCUCACAUUGCUUCUACGAUCAUGCUCCGACCCAACCCUCCUUCGUCAAGGCAAGCAAGUCCACGCCUUUCUAAUCGCUAGCAGAAUCUCCGGCGAAAGCUACAUCGACGAGAGGAUCUUAGGGAUGUACGCAAUGUGUGGAAGCUUUUCGGAUUGCGGCAAAAUGUUUCACAGACUUGAUUUGCCACGUGGCAGCACCAGGCCCUGGAACUCGAUCAUCACCAGCUUCGUUCGAGUCGGUUUAAUGAAUCAAGCUUUGUCUUUUUACUUCAAGAUGGUGAUGUUUGGAGUUAGUCCCGAUGUAUCCACUUUCCCUUGUUUGGUCAAAGCUUGUGUUGCUCUGAAGAAUCUCAGAGGGGUUGAGUUUCUCAAAGAUACGGUUUCUCGUCGUGGGAUGGAGUGUAACGAGUUUGUGGCGAGUUCGUUGAUCAAAGCUUACCUCGAGUACGGAAAGAUCGAUGCCGCGAGUGAGUUGUUUGGUAAAGUAGGGAAGAGAGAUUGUGUUAUAUGGAAUGUGAUGCUUAACGGGUAUGCAAAGGGUGGAGAUUUAGAUAGUGUUGUUAAAUGGUUUAGUGCGAUGAGGAUGGAUGAGAUUAGUCCCAAUGUUGUUACUUUCGAUUGUGUUUUAUCGGUGUGUGCCUCUAAGUCGUUGAUUGAUCUCGGAGUUCAGCUUCAUGGUCUAGCGUUUGUUUCCGGUUUUGAAUUCGAAGGCUCCAUCAAAAACUCGCUUCUAUCUAUGUAUUCAAAAUGUGGGAGGUUUGGUGAUGCGUGUAAGUUGUUUCGGAUGAUGUCUCGUGCUGAUACGGUGACAUGGAACUGCAUGAUAUCUGGAUAUGUUCAGAGUGGGCUAAUGGAAGAAAGCUUAGUUUGUUUCUGUGAGAUGGUAUCUUCAGGUGUCUUACCUGAUGCCAUCACGUUUUCUAGUUUGCUUCCAUCAGUCUCUAGGUUUGAGAGCCUUGAGCAUUGUAGGCAAAUUCAUUGUUAUAUCGUGAGACGUAGCGUACCGUUAGAUGUCUUUUUAACGAGUGCUCUUAUUGAUGCCUAUUUUAAGUGUAGAGGUGUUUCGACGGCGCGAAAGAUUUUCAGACAGUGUAACUCAGUCGAUGUUGUUGUCGUCACGGCGAUGAUCUCUGGGUAUUUGCAUAACGGCUUGGUUACCGAUGCAUUAGAGAUGUUUAGGCGGCUGGUUGAUGUAGAUAUAAGUCCAAAUGAGAUAACUCUGGUGUCUAUUCUACCGGUUAUUGGCGGUUUGUUAGCAUUGAAACUCGGGAGGGAGCUUCAUGGGUUCAUCAUCAAGAACGGUUUCGACAAGAGGUGCAAUGUUGGAUCUGCUGUUAUCGACAUGUAUGCUAAGUGUGGAAGAAUGGAUCUUGCUCAUGAGAUUUUUAGGAGACUCUCCAAGAAGGAUAUUGUUUCGUGGAACUCGAUGAUCACACGCUGCGCUCAGAGCGAUGAUCCGAGUGCGGCUAUUGAUGUUUUCCGUCAGAUGGGAGUUUCGGGGAUAGGUUUUGAUUGUGUUAGUAUCUCAAGUGUCCUCUCUGCUUGUGCUAGCGUAUCUUCACAAAGCUUUGGGAAAGCUAUUCACUGUUUCAUGAUAAAGCGUUGUUCACUUGCUUCUGAUGUGUAUAGCGAGAGUACGUUGAUAGGUAUGUAUGCUAAAUGCGGAAACCUUGAAUCCGCAAUGAACGUGUUCGAGAGGAUGGAAGAGAAGAACAUCGUUUCGUGGAACACCAUCAUCGCUGCGUAUGGAAACCACGGGAGGUUAAAAGAUUCUCUCCGUCUGUUUCGUGAAAUGGUUGAAGACAACGGAGUACGUCCUGAUCAAAUCACGUUUCUUGAGAUAAUAUCUUCUUCUUGUCACGCUGGUGAUGUGGACCAAGGAGUUCGUUUCUUCAGAUCCAUGACUGAUGAUUACGGAAUCCAACCGCAGCAGGAGCAUUACGCUUGCCUUGUUGAUCUGUUUGGACGAGCUGGUCGGUUGAAAGAAGCUUAUGAAACCGUUAAGGGAAUGCCGUUUGCUCCAGAUGGAGGAGUCUGGGGAACGUUACUUGGAGCCUGUCGGCUUCACAAGAAUGUUGAGCUUGCUAAAGUUGCUUCGAGGAGGUUAAUGGAUUUGGAUCCGGGGAACUCUGGUUAUUAUGUUUUGAUUUCAAACGCACAUGCUGAUGCUGGAGAAUGGGGAGGUGUGACUAAAGCAAGAAGUAUAAUGAAAGAGAGAGGAGUUGAGAAAGUCCCCGGUACUAGUUGGAUCGAAAUCAACAAAACAAACCAUUUGUUUGUCUCCGGCGAUGAAAAUCAUCGUGACUAUUCACAUAUGCAUUCUUUACUAAAUUUACUUCUCGAAGAGCUGAAGCUAGAAGGCUAUGUUUCACAGCCUUACCUUCCAAUGCAUCCACAUUCAUCGAGAAAACUAAAUCCAGCAGAGAAAGGAAUGGCAGAUGCAAACAACGUAUAGCAGUUGCAGAGAUGUAGUAAGCAACAGCGAAAAGCCCGUGAAUGAAACAGAGGAUUCCUCCUAUGGACAGAACCCGAUGAUGUGAAAUCCCACAACCUCUCCUCGAUCUUGAGUUUGCCAUCGUCCCUACGAUCAACAGGGAGAAUGCAAUUGCCAGUAUGAUCCUGAGAAACACACAGAAAAAGGAUCUUUAGUCAUAUUAAAAAGGAUUCACACAUUGUUCUGUUUAUGUAGUGUUUGGGCUUACCAGGAGAAUAUCAGAGAAGCCACGGCGAGCUGUUUGUUGGCAGAGGAUUUUUCAAGGUCUUGUCUUGACACAACACAGAGACAUCCACCUAGAAAAUUAGCCGUUACAUGGGCUAACACCAAAAGGAUACAUGCAGCUAAGCCGUAGUUGAAGGCGGAGUGACUUGGGUCUCUACACUCGAAUAUCCACAUCUUCAAAUGCUUCACCUGCAUCUCCAAAUAAUCAAAUUAGCGAAAUCUGCAACUACUAUAGAGUUUUGGUGUGUGUGUGUGUGUGUAUGUAAUGUACCUUAUUCUGAGCUACUUCGGCUUCAAUGCCAAGAAUGCCAGCUGAAACAUCCAUGGCUAGGAUCAAGAUGCAGAUGAAGAGCCCUACAUUCCUUGACA